UUGAAUAAAUUCUCUUUCCACAAAUGGUAUUACAAGCAAAGAAAGAGAGACAAAUGUCCCAAUUCUUCCCUCAUCCCCAAGUCUCAGGGCAUCUGGAUAAUUGACCAGUUUUUUUAAAAAAGAAAAAUAGACAAGAAGAAGGGUUGGAAUUCACACACUUUUUCAUCUACUUUGGAUUUCAUCAUCCACCAAAAAAUCUUGCAGGAAGGAUGAAUAUGAAUCUCAGAAGAUGGUCAGCUUUAGUACUCAUGGUACAACCACUUUUCAUUUUUGCAGAGUCUAAAAAUAUUAUGAAAAAUCAACAGUGUGCUGAGUUCCAAUCUGCACAUUUACUAUGGGGUACAAAUCUCCAAGUUCGAUUUCUUCUGUUUCCCUUUUCCAAUCCCAGCUGUGGAGAGCUGCUUUCACAACAGGAGGACAUCCAGGAGGCCGGAUUCAAUGCCAGCUUGGGAACUAAGAUAAUCAUUCAUGGUUUCAGGGCACUAGGCACCAAACCAUCAUGGAUAGAUGCACUAAUUCAAGCCUUCCUAGAGGUAGCCAGAGUCAACGUGAUUGCUGUAGACUGGGUUCAGGGAGCCACAGCAGCCUAUCCUACUGCAGUGGAAAAUGUUAUGAAAUUGGGACUGGAAAUUUCUAGUUUUAUCCGCAAGUUACUGGCUGUGGGGGUGCCAGAAUCAUCCAUCCAUCUUAUUGGGGUGAGCCUUGGAGCACACGUUGGGGGCCUGGUGGGCCAAUUCUAUGAAGGCCACCUUGGAAGAAUUACUGCUCUGGAUCCAGCGGGGCCAAAAUACACCAGAGCCAGCCCUGAGGACCGUCUGGAUCCUGGGGAUGCUCUCUUUGUAGAAGCCAUUCACACAGAUUCGGAUAGUAAGCUAAUGACCUGCUUUCCAAUUAUAUUUCAGGAUUUUGGUAUCCGAAUACCCGUGGGGCACAUUGAUUACUAUCUUAAUGGAGGGAAAGAUCAGCCUGGAUGUCCCCGUUUCAUCUUAUAUGGCUACCAGUACCUGAUCUGUGACCAUAUGAGAGCUGUGCAUUUCUACAUCAGUGUCUUGAAAGAUUCCUGUCCAAUGAUGGCUUUCCCUUGCUCCAGUUAUAAGAAUUUCUUAGCUGGUCACUGUUUAGAUUGCUUCGAUCCUUUCUUGCUCUCCUGUCCCACAUUAGGACUUUUGGAUAAUGGAGGACUCAACAUGAAAACAUUGCCUAGAGAGGUUAAAGUUUACUUGGCCACAGCUGCAUCAGCACCAUACUGUGUACACCAUACACUUGUGGAAUUCCACUUGCAGCAGAGGAGAGCUUCAGAUACCAAUAUUGAGAUAACCUUUCUCACGAGCAACUCCUCAGCUAGCACCAGCUUCAUCAUACCCAAGCAGCAAAUGCUGGGCAAAGGCUUGCUGAUCCAUUCUGCUCCACUAUGCCAGAUAGAAAGUGUGAUGUUGCAGCACCAUCACAAGUUCUGGAAAAGGAAGAAAGAUGAGCCACCUAUUAUUGGGCACUUUUGUACUGCACCUCUACCUGUGGAUAAAAAUGAGAAGAUGAUAUGCUUGCCACAAGUGAUGACUAUUACAAACCAUAACCCCCUUCUCCAGAAUCUCAAUAUUCAGUGUGAUUAGCACAGUUUUCCCUUGUGGACACAGAGAUUAUAACAGGUAGACAGGUAACUUAGAAAGUAGAUACUUAAGUUUAAAAUCAAAUGUGUAGCGUUAAUUUUUUGAAUAUGUGUUUUCUGUCACAGAAUACUUGUUUCACUUCAACUGUUAAUAAUUUUAAGCCUGUUUUUAGGAAAAAUUAAAUAGUUUUACAACUAUGAAGAAAAUAAAUACAAUGUACAUAAAAUGGAACAGCACCUAAUUGAACAGGACCUAUUACUAAUAAAUCUGGAGUGAAAAUGAGUACAUGGUGCUAAUUGUUUGAAGUGUUCCUUACAGUAUAAAUGCAGUUCUUCAUUUAGAAGGAAACAAAUGGCAUGUUUUUAAGAGUGGAAGGCCAUUAUCAAGGAAGAGGGAAUUUCAUGAAUUUCUCUUCUACUCCUUAUGUUCAUUAGCACAUUCAAUUCAGUUUUCUGACCCACUAGAUCAGGGAUAUCAAAUUGCCGGCCCCCAGGCCAGUUGCAUCAUGCAGAGGUCGCACCCACCCUAGCUCCGGCAAUGUGAAAAAAUCACAAUAGGUUGUGACACAUGACGUGACACGGUGAGUUUGAGUUUGACACUCGUGCACCAGAUGAAGACUUUACACAAUACAGCAAAAACUUUUUCCAUUCGUAUCCAACUAGUAUUUUGCAGUAAAUGGAAGCAAAAUUCUACCCCUUAAUCUAAAAUCUUUGCUCAAGACAACUGGCAUGUUGAAAAUAUAAAGAUUUUCUAUGUCAUAUAACCUAAUCUAAAACAGGAAAAGUAUAGAAGAUGGACAUAUAUAUGUUUUGUCUGAUCUUGAUUUCUGUGGGAGAAGUGAAGAUCUUCCUUCUGUCUCAGCAAAAUCCUUUGGUAUUAAAACAAAGACAGUAACAGUAUCAGGACAGGUUGCCAGACUUGGCAUCACUAUUUUAAUUUUAUUUUGUAAAGAUGUUUUUGUAGGUUUUAAAAGCAACACCCUCCAAACUGCUAACUGUAGAACCUUUGUCUCAUUAAUAAUAUAUAAAAUAAAGUUUUGAUUUAACUUUC